AUGAGUCCUGACAAUUCAACUGUGACUGAAAAACAACUCGUUAUCGCUGGAUAUUCCACUCUUUUGAUAUCUGCAAUCGGUUUGUCUCUAAAUCUGUUGAUAUUUUUCAAAUUUGCCUCCCCGAGACAGCUUUCGAAUGGUUUUUAUGUGUUGUGUCUCUCCAAAUCUAUCAGUAAUUCAAUUAUUUGCCUCAUAGGUUUAUGUUGGGUUGGACCUGCUAUUCUGAUCAACCAUUUAUUUCUUCCGAUAUUUUUCAAUAAACUUCUCGGUCAACUCAAUGAAUACGGUAUCUAUUUAAUGGGCCCAUUGACUCAACUUCUGAUGGCAAUCGAUCGAUUUCUAAUUAUUUUCUUUCCUCUUGGUAUUUCUGAUCGUCAGAGAUGUAGAGUUUCAGUGUUUUCCAUCUCUUUAUGUUGGCUUAUAUGCUUUGGUUUCGUUGGAAUCACUUAUAAAUACAAAUGCUGGGUGUAUUACUCACUGAAAUCAUUAAAUUAUGAGGCUGAAAACGAAGAAUGUGACCAGAUGAAUCUGAAUAUUUUUUCAUAUUUCUGCAUUUCAUUAGCUGCUUCAACUAUUACAAUUCAACUUUCAAAUUUCGUUGGAAUUAUGUCAUUGUCUUCAAAAAGUUCUUCGUCUAACUCGACUUCUAACGCGCAGCGUCGUCGAAGCAUUCGACUUUUCAUUCAGCUUCAACUCACAUGCAUAAUUAUGGCAAAUGUGACAAGUGCAGCUACUGGAGCAGCAGCUGAAAACACAAUGAGAUGUUUGCGUAUCGCUCGUCGGUCGAUGGAUUCCAUCAGAAGAAAUGAGACGAGUCCAAAAGCUGCUGGAGCUUUGUGGAGCAUGAUAGCAACGAAAACGAUGAGUUGA